AUGUGCUGACAGGCAUAACCGCUGAUGUAUUAUUGUUCUAUAUUUUUCUUGUGAAAAAAAUAAUAACCCAACGUGGCGCAUUGCCCGAAUUCUCUACAUCGAACGAUCUAAGGUCAAAGAUCCAUAUUUGAUAACUUGUGACUACCAUGGAAGUGACCACGCCACUCUCAAGCAGUAAUACCUUUUUUAUUGAAGUUUCUGGUCUAAGCUUCAUCAUUUUUGUAUUAAUUGGAAUUUUUGCUGCUCCUAUAAUCUCGACUAAAUACAUCAAGGCAUACAGUGGCUUCACAAGAACACAACAAGCAGAUUGGCACACAAGAGUUGGCUCAAAUGUCCAUGCUGUAAUUGUCACUUUGAUUGCAAUAUACUGUUUGAUAUUUGAUGGAGAGACAACUAGUAACCCAGUAUGGAGUCAAGCUGUGUUGGUUAGGUCUGGAAUAGCUAUAACGUUUGGCUACAUAACUGCUGACCUCAUCCUGAUCAUCCUGAGCUACAGAUUAAUAGGGGACUUCUUCACUCUCAUCCACCACCUUAUGGCUAUGCUGGCCUAUUUCUUUGUGGUUGUCUAUGGAGUCCUACCAUAUUUUGCUAAUUUUCGACAACUGGCUGAACUAUCUACAGUUUUUGUUAAUCAAAGGUGGUUCUACACCGCUGCUAAGGAGCCCUACGUCUCUCGUCGCUUCCUGGCCAAUGCAUGGUCCAUGGUCAUCUCAUUCUUCUUGUGCCGCUUAGCUGCCAUGCCGUACUAUUACUAUAAGUGCAGCCAGGUUUGGGACACGCCCGAACGCAUGCGCCUGGGCCCUUUGGUCACGUGCUUUUGGCUGGGGACGUGUGUCAUAUUGGAUAUUAUUAACGUUUUUUGGAUGGUUAAAAUGAUCAGGGGUGGCUAUAAGGUACUCAAUAGUGUCCACAAGAAGAGGUCAUCCUAGUAAUAUACAAAUCUUUAUAAUGAAUAAAUUUGAUACAUGUAGUGUACGUUUCCUAGUUAAGCCAGCCCGAAAAAAGUUAUAGCUUGCGCCAAAUCCUGUAAUUGGUCGGAUGGUUGAGAAAACAUUUCGUGUGGCCGGCAACAGAAUUUGUCGUGCGCCAGGUGGAUUAUGCGGUAGCUAAACUAGGAACCAUUUACGAUGUUUCACGUUGACAUGUCCUGCACUACAAUUUUCCUAGUUUAACAAAGAAUGUGGACAUGUGGAAUGUGCGACAAAAUUUAGAUCAUUUUAAAAUAUUGCCAAGCGUGGCAAAUCAAAUGAUUUUUUGAUUGGAUUCUUUUCAUAAAAGUGUAUUGAAUUACCCGUUAGAUAUUAAAUUAUUUAUAUAUGCAUGCAAAAUAUGAUUAUCAUGUUAUUAUACGUUUCUAUCAUAAGCUUGUGGCGUUUUAUUGGUCUACCAAGACAUGAAUUUCAAUGUUUUUUUAAUAAAAAGUCAUUUUUACAGCAAUUAACUCGAUUCCAUUAAUGCAUUUCUAAUAAACAUCGUGUAAGUGAAA